AAAACAGAAAUAAGACUAAAAUCAAAUCAAAUAAGACAUUACUCAUGUUGGAUUGAGCAGUUGGAUAGGCCAGAGAAGUGGGUUACUGUUUAAAGCCCAAAAACGUGUUCAAAAAAAUAAUGGUCCUCAUAAACGAAACCCCUAAAAACCCUAACGUCGAAGAUGUCUCUGCAAAUGCCGAAUCCUAACGCUGAAGUGCUGAACAAAUCCGCAUCACUUCACAUGAACAUCAAUGCCGCCAAGGGUUUGCACGAUGUCCUCAAAACCAACCUCGGUCGCAAGGGAACCAUCAAAAUGCUCGUUGGUGGCGUUGGUGAUAUAAAGCUUACCAAAGAUGGAAACACUCUUGAAAGAGAUGGUACUCCACGUAUACAAUUUCUUUUGUGAGGAUUCUCAACAAUUUGGAGUCGAAAAGUUGGUUAUGAAUAUGAAGAGAAAACAAUUCUGUGACAAGAUACAGCAUAAUUGUUGUUAAAAUUUGAGCAGGACCA